AUGCAAUCGCAACGGAACGGUCCGGCCGCGGCCGUCACGGACGCGCUCAUCGCGAACCGGGCGUACAUGACCGCGCUCGAAGAGACGCUGCGCGUGCUCGAGGCGCGCGAGCAUGCGAUCCAGACGCGCAUCUGCGCGAUUCGCACGAAGGCGCGGAACAAGGUCAUCCACCCAGCCAUGGCGGACGCUCGCAUCCAGGCCGGGCUCGCCGCCCACACAAAGGCGGAAGCGACGGUCCAGUCGCUCCUCGCAUGCUACGAGCCGGCGCCGCGCGUGGCGAAGCGCAAGCUGCCGUUCUUGGCUGCCGAGUACUUGGUGCAGAACGCGGCCGGCAAGGUCGUGCCGAAGCGGAUACCACCGGUCACGUCCGUGUCCCGACACCUCGCUCCGUACCGCGAAGAGCUACGCGAUGCCAUUGGCGCUGCGCGCAUCCUCGAGCGACGUGCGAACCACAUCAAGCGCAUCUUGCAGCGCCUGCCGCCCGAGCCGUCGGCCAUGCAGCCCGACGACUGGGUCGCGUUCGUCGCCGAGCACGAGCUCUCGAAGCGUCCUUUCCAUUACGCCCUCGCGUGGAACCUGCAGGUGUCGCCGCACUGGCGCCGCGCCAAGUGGACGCUCAAAGAGGACGAGGCGCUUGCGACGCUGGUCGAGACGGGCGCCACGUGGGACGUGAUUUCGACGCAGAUUGCGCGCGUCUGCAAGACAGCGAAGCGCCGGCCGCCCGUCGACUGCCUCAUGCGUGUCGUAGCCCUCCGCGCCGAAGCGACGCGCCUCGCCGACGCCGGCCCGCUGGCCGACACGGUGGUCGACCACAACCCGCACUCGGACCGCCGUCUCCUCUGCGCCGUGUACAUGUUGCGAGCACCAAGAAUGGAAGCCACCAACUGGGCAACGAUCAGCCACUUUGUCGGUUUGGAAGCGCGCAUCUGCCGCGACCGCUACUGGACCACCUACCACGCGAAGAUGGCGCGCGCCCGGCGAAAGCCCCGGCCAGCAAUGAUCGAAGACGAGGAAACGGAAGUCGUCUCUGCGUAAUAUGUGUCUUGUGCGCCCUUGUCGCAUGUGAUUUCUGCAGGCUCUCUCUGCUCGAUGCUGUGGCCAAGGCAAGUCAACUUGAUUUGUAUCCCUUGGCUGGCGUCCAGGGAUCGAGGUGUCUGGUUUCUGCGUGUGACGGACGGCGCCGGACUCUAGCACCCACAAUAAAUGCGUCGAUGCUGCAACUCGGAGCUAGCUCGUGGC